GAAAUGCACAUAACCUUAAUGUACUUGCAACUGCAGAAUUAUACUCUGUGUUGCGAACGGUUUGCCGCUACGUUACUAACGUAAUACAAUGAAUGUUACUUACAAAUUGUGCCAACUGAGACAGCCCUUGCGAAAUUUUAGGAAUUUACAUACUACACGUCUACUUAAAAAUUCGUACGAAGGUCCUGGGAAAACUACCAUUACAUUUAUCAGCAAAGAGAUGGGCACUCGACUCUUGAUAUCUAAAUAUGACAAGGAUGGGUUCGUAUUCAAUACCGGUGCACGAGUAAUAGGGCCGACUGUGCUCUUUCCACGAUACGCUAUCGGUUGGAACGUUUACUCUGGAAAGGAUAUAAACGAGGAAGCAUUGUCACUGUUUACCGUUCUUGAGCCAAAGCCUGAUGUCUUGAUUUUUGGACUGGAAGACGCAUAUCAUUUUGCAUACUAUAGAAAGCUUCAAGAACUUGUGAAGAAGCUCGACAUCACUGCAGAGAUACUUUCCGUGCGUCAGGCAUGCGUCGCCUACAAUUUUAUGAACGAGGACGGUAGAGACGUUGUCGCUGCAUUGAUACCGCCAACAGAACAAUUCGUUAAAUUGUUACCGAAAACUGAGUCUAGAGAACAGAUAACAGAUUCCAGAUGAUGUGGUAUAAUGAACGAAAAGUUACAAAAAUAGAUGGUGUAAAUUAAUUAGACGCGAAUACAAUAUAUAUAUCAAUCUAGGAAAUAUGUUGCAUAAUAAUUUAAUUUCUGUAUGUAUGUGUAUGUAUACCAUAUGUGAUGUACCGUCUGUAAGAUUAUGAUAAAAUAUUAGAGAUCUGUUUA